AUAAGAAUAAAAUGUGAAAAGUUGCUAUUUAUGUCAGUCACAGUGAAGCUUGUCUCUUUUCAAUAGUUUCAUUUUUUUCAUUUUUUCAUUUUUCUUUUUCUCUCUAUAAAAACAUUGUUUAUAAAAUGAGUUCAACAGAAAAGAAUGACGCCAAGAAACUCAAGUCCAAAUAUACCUCACAGUUAUCAAUGUUGAAAGAACUAUUUACAGACUGGACAGAAGAAGAUCUCUUAUUUACUCUUCAAGAUACAGACGGAGAUUUAGAAUUAGCAAUUGACAGAAUUAGCAUAGGGCAUGCUAAUCAAUGGGACGAAGUGAAAACAAAAAAGUCAAAGAAGGAAGCACAAGCAGUACCAACAACGACAGCAGCAGCUACAAAUACAACAACAGCAACAACAACGACAGCAACAACAAAUGUGAAUAAUGGUACAAAUAGGUCUAUACAAGAGAGUGCAUCACAUAAACCAAGGUCAAUGUCUAAGCAACAACAGCAACGAUCAUCAAUUGGCAGAAAACCUCUUGUUCCAUGGCAAACGACAACAAUGAAGAAAUCAACACUAGAUCAAUGGUCAACCCCAGUAAGCCAUGAUCCCUUGAAGGCGCCAUCGAGUAACAAAAAGCCAAAUAGUGCACCAAAGACAUGGGCUAGUUUAUUACAAGAAUCAAACCCUGAACCCGUGACAGAAGACAAGACUGUCAAUAAUAACAAACAACAAGAACAACCAAGAUCAUGGCUUAUGAAUGAUAAUAAAGAAAAGAGUACGACUAAAGAUGAUCUAUCGACACAUUUGAGUAAAUUAAAGCUGAAUGAAGAAAGGACAGAGAUCAAGCAAUCAAGCGUUUUAGAUGACUUAUUUAAUUCUGUUAAACCACAGACUGAGAAGACAUCAUCUCUAUUUAACUCAUUGGAUUAUAGCAUUUAUGGUGGCCUUGAUCAACAAUAUCGUAGUAAUACUAUGAAUUAUUAUGACAAUCGAUCUACUACUAUCAAUCCUGUCAUUACUGCAGCUACUCCUAUCCAUCCUGUCAUUACUCCCGCCACAACUAUCAACCCUGUCAUUCCUGCCGCUACUACCAUCAAUCCUAUCGCUACUACCACUACCCCUCCUGCUACAGUAAGUGGUAGCAGUAGCUUAUGGAGUGAUAAGCUGGAGGCAAACAACUUGUUUUAUGACCAACCACUACCACAGCAACAACAGCCCAUGUAUAGUAAUGCCUCUCAUUUCGGCUAUUAUAUGCCAGCACCAGCAGUAACCAAGUACAAUCAAAUAUAUUUGGAACAACAACAGCAGCAACAGCAACAGCCUCCACCCUCUUUCUUGGCCAACUAUUCAUAUUAUGACUUUUAUUCAGCUGAAAAGAAGCCCCAACAACAACAGCAACAACAGCCUCAGCAACAACAGCAAUCAACUCAGUAUUUUAGCAUGCCAAUGUAUCCUUAUAACCAACAACAACAGUACUGGAGUCAAUAAUAAAAAUGAUUUUAUUUAAAAUAGUCCUGUGUUAUUAUUGUUGUUGUUAUCGAAUGCAUAAUUUGAAGAUGAAGUAGAAGGAAUAUGAGCUGGUAUAGAAGAUGACCUCGGCCUUAGGUUAAGUAAACGUAUAAUAUAUCCUUGUUGCUGAUUAUAAACACAUUCAAAUUCACUUGAUUUUGAAUUAUUUAAUGUUUCGUAUAAUUCAAGCAUAUCAAUAAACGCUUGCUGAGAUUCAGCUAAUGCAUUCAUUGUCAAAUGAACUUGUGCUAAUAGUUGAUAACUGGGUGUGAUUCCGUACUUUGUUUCUGUAGCCUCAUUCAGUUUUAAAUAAGCUUCUUUGGCUUUUGACAGGAUGAACGUGCUUCGAUCAGCCUAUAAAAAAAAUUAAAGAGUUAAAAACAUGAUCAACCUUUGUUUGAUGAUAAUAAUAGUU